AUGCCCUGUGGGCACCUUUUUGGGCCCCACGGAGGCCUCCCUCAGGUGUGGUCCAUGCCAGAAGGCACGGGCCCACACUCCCCGAACACCCGUGUCCCUCCUCCCCCCGCCCCCACCCCAGCUGGACGCGCGGACCCGGGUCUUACCUGCGAGCUGCGCUCGGAGCGCGGCCCCGUGGCCGGCGCGGUCCCGGGGGCCUCCCGCGCGGGGCUACCCGAGCGCUCGGCUCUGCCGGCCGCCUCCUCCUCCCCGUUGUCCCCGGCCGGGCCCCCCGCCGCCCGGCGGCUCCGGUUCCCUCCGCAGCAGCCGGCCGGGCGGCACCGGGGUGCACGCGGCGGGGCUCGGCUUCGGCGCCCCCUCCCCCUGCUGCCCGCCGCCGACUUGGCGCUCGCGGGCUCGGGGUCCGGGAUUCCGGGACGCGGGGGUCGUCGGGGUGCUCGGCUGCCCCGCGCUCCCUCCCGCGCGCAGCCCCUCUCCGGGGGGAGGGGGGGCGCCUGGCUCGCGGCGCGCGGGCGUCACGGGCUCGGGGCGCGCGGGGACGGCGGCGGGGUGGGCCCCGGGGCGGCGGGCGGGGGCGCUGCUGCAGACGCGGGCACUGAUGCGGGCGCCGCGGCGCGGCCUCUCGCCAUGGCUCCCGAGCGGGCGGGCGGGCGGCUCGCACCUCCCCUCCGCGCUGCCGUCACCGCCGGACGCGCGCCGAGCCCUCCCCUUCCACCGCCCCGCCCGCCGGCCCGCGCCGCCACCUGCGGGCCGCCCUCCAGGAUGCUCGCCCGGGGGAUCGCGCUCCGGCUGCCGCCAGCCGCGCCCCUUUGCCCUGCGGCCGCGGCCCUAGGCCUGCCCUGCGCCUUGCCCUUGGCGGCUGGGCUCGGAGAGGGUCAAUCUAAGGGGAGCACGGGACUCGCGCGUGCAGUUUGCCACCAAAGCAAUGAAGUCCAGGCGUGGCGUUCCUGCAGGUCGUAGAGGUCAUUGGGAAGAAACGGAGAGGAUUCUGACCAGAACCAAAGACGCAAGGAAGCUGAAGCAUAGAAAACCUGGUUUCAAAUACUCGUAGAGGAUUUGAAGGGUGCGGUAAAGACUGGUUCAGGCAAGAAUCAUCAAUGGAUGUUAACGGUAGAGUGGAUUUUACUGGGGAACAGAUAUUUCCUUGGCUUAACGUGUCUCUCCAUAUAGAUGGUUGAGGCUUAUAACAGCAAGGGGGACAGAUUUACAAAGGAGCAGGUGGACAACAUCUUCCUUCACCAGGUGGUCAAAAUUAACAUCACCAAUGAGAGCAGACGGAGAUCAUGUCCUCAGAACACAUCACCUGUGCGGUAUUCCAGGGAGAACCAACAACCUAAAUCUGAUGAUGACACCUUAGACCAACCCCAAAUGAGGAACAUCUAUUAAAAAGGGGCAGGUAGGGGCUGUAUUCUUCAAACAUGUCAACAUCGUAAAAGACAAAAGAAGGCUUGGAAAUGUUCCAGAUUUAAGGUUGCUAAAAAGUCGUGACAGCUUAAUGUGAUCCUUAAUGUAAUGUGUAAGGAAAGGAAAUGCUAUAAAGGAUAUUUCAAUGGACAAAGUUGGAAUCCUGAUAGUAGAUUAAAGUAUUGGAUCAAUGUUAAA